UCCUUUCGGUAGUAACGUGAACGUGCAAACAUGCUUGUAGUUUUAGCGGGAAAUCUCUAUAUUUCAUAAAACAUUUAAUAAUAUUUCAUUUGUUAAUAAUCUGUUGAAGGAUGGUUUAUACUUGUUGUGUUCCUAACUGCAGAGGAAACUAUCCAAACACUGAAAAAGUACAGAUGUUUUCUAUACCCAAAUCGGAUUCGUUGCGCAGAAAAUGGCUCCGUGCAAUUCACCGGCAGAAUUUCAUCCCAUCAAAUCAUUCUAAGGUUUGUGAGAAACAUUUUGUCGAAUCAGAUAUUGAAAGAACUGUCGAACAUUUUGAUGAGAAAAAAGGAACUUCAAUAAAAAUUAAUUUAAUUCGUCCAAGGCUUCACAGCUGUCUGGCUGUCCAAAAUAUUUAUCAGGUAAAUCUUCAACAUCAAGAGAAAGUGCCAAUGAUAGAAGAGUUCGAAUUGAUAGAAACAAUAUACAGAGUGCUCUUGCUGCAAGCAUAACCAGUAAAGAAAUUUACGACAGAAAAAAAUGUUAUUACUCGUUUUCUGAAUUUUUAUCGUGCAUAAAGUCUGAGAAUGUUCCUGAUGCUUGGACAGUUAUUUUCAAAGACGGUAAAGUUGUUUUUCUUAUUAUUGAUACUGAGUCUGUACCGAUUAUUGAAGCUUCAGUAGUAGUGGCAGAAAAUUUAAUGUGUCAUGUUUUUAUCGGUAAAUCAGAAUUAAAAAUAAUAGAUAACGAAGUGUUUCCUAAAGUAAUAAAUAAUAUAAAUAGCUUGUUUGAAGUUUUAGACUUUGUAUUGAAUAUUUCUAAACCACAAAAUGAAAAUUUAUUUUCCAAUGUUAUAAAAACAGCUAUUACUCUAUUGAAAACUGUUAAGACUGAUGAUAGUGAUAAACAACAAACUGUUGAAUUCAUUACAGAACAACUUUC